GGCUCGCCUGAUGGCCCGGCGGGUGCUGUGGCUGCGGGCCGUGGUCACUUGCCUGCUGAUGGCCCUCGAGGCGUUCGCGACCUUCCGCUCCGGCCACCGCCCGGAUUGGAGCACGAAGCCAGUGGUGGAGUACCUCGACCAGAUGUACCUCAUGGGCGAGAAUGGCAGCGCGGGAUCGCAGCUCCUGGCGGCCCUCAGCCACGUGAUGCCGCCCCAGCACACGGCGGUGCCGUGGGUGCUGCCGCGAGCCAAGCGAGGCGCCAUCGCCUGGGCUCGCCCGGCCCCGGCCAACACGCGGCUGCCGCUGCCGAGGAGCGCCUGCCUCUCGCCUGCCGGGUCGCUGGCCAGUUGGGGCCCGGCGCAGAUGGUGAUCCGCCUGCCGGCAGCGGCGGCGGGCUCUGGCCACGACAAGUGGGCGCCCCUGCCGCACGACGUGGUGACUCGGGUCCCAAGCAAGGUCGGUGUGUUCGAAGAGUCGGUGGUCAUCGACAACGCGAGAUGGCUGCACCUGGUCCGGGAGGCGCUGAAGCUGGCGACGGCGACGGAGGACCCCCCCUGGAACUUCGACUUCAGCGAGUGCAAGAACGGGCGCCGGAGGGGCAGAUGGGGCCACAGCAGCAGCAUGAAGUGGCAUGCGACGGAGUCGAAGCCGCUGGCCGAGCUCCACUGGGCGCCAGCCGCCGCGCUGUCGUCCGGCGGGCUGGUCGACGCGAGCUUCGCGGUGGUGAUCGAAGGCGCCCUGGCCAGUUUGUCGCACCCGCUGCGGGCCCAGGUGCCCGCCGCCCUGGCCG